CUGCCCCUGCCCGGGCUGCUCUUCGGCGCCCCCGCGCUGCUGGGCCUGGCGCUCGCCCUGGCCCUGGCCCUGGUGGCUCUGAUGAGCUGGAGGUGGCAGCGGCGGCGCAGGACGGCCUCCCUAGAGGCCCCAGACGGAGGCCAGGACGGCCACAGUGGUGCUUCAUCUACAGAGGGCUAUCUCUCUGGGGACCGCUGUGACCCAAUCCUGACACUCCAUAUCCCCAUGCUCCUGCCCACCCCAGAGGCCCUGGAUAAUGUCAUCAUCCCCUCGACGGAAACCCUGGAUGCUUCAGCGCCCAUCUGGUCUCCACCCAGAGAAGACCCAGGCAGCACCCCACCUGGCCACAGUGUCCCUGUGCCAGCCACAGAGCUGGGCUCCACUGAGCUGGUGACCACCAAGACCACUGGCCCUGAGCAACAAUAGCAGUGGAGAGGACAGGAGGGGCCCCUGUCCUGCAUCAGUGUCCCCCCGGCCACAAGGGUUCAGAACUGAAUUCAGCUCCUCACUCCAGCACCCACCUGCCCUUUUCCUGGGAGCCAGAGUGCUCCCCGCUGAACCCUACAGACACUACAGAUCACAGGGUGUAGCCAUUUGGAAUUGUUUGUGUGUUUGCUUUUCGCUUAAGACCAAGCCAACUUUGACUGUUCUUAAAGGUCCUCUCUGCUCUAGUGCUUUUGAAUGACUGGCUCUGCGGGUUUGGGAUAUGGUUUGAAUGUGUCCCCCAAGGCUCCGUGUGUUGAAAUUUAAUUUCCAUCAUGAGAUAUUAUUAAGGGGAUGAAAACUUAAUCUGAUUGUGGCAUUUAGAGGUGGGGCCUUUGGGACGUGAUUAGGAUUAGACAAGGGCAUCUGGGUGACAAUCAUGAUUGAACUUUCAUGGCUUUAUAAGAGAGAGACCAGAAGAGACACACAAUAUAUACUUCCUGUCCUUUGCCUUGUGAUGCCCUCUGCUACCUUGUAUUUCAGCCAUCAAGAAGGUCAUCAUUAGAUAUGAUUAGGCCUCCAGAACUGUGAGCUAAAUAACCCAUUUUCUUAAAGUUU